GGGUCUCCCCAGGGUCCUGCGUGUACCUGUCCUUUGUCCUGAAGCUUAUUUCCAUCUUUCUUGCUGAUCCGUGGUUACAUUUUACAUGCAGAGCAUGUAAGAUGCAUAUGGAGACGGGACAGUAAGAAGCUAGAGAAAUUCUUGGGCAAGUGAAAAGGGGAAACUGAGACAAGAAAAUUAAGCAAGCUGAAACAGUUUGAGCAGUGUACAGCCAGCUGGUGAAGCGCAAGACCUUACCUCCUCUGACCGAGAACACUUGAGAGCAAACGGUUUCAACCUCUUCUCCCUGACCAGAGGGUGCGUAGCCUCCCUGGUUAUAAACCACAGGUGUCAGGGAGUCAGUUUGGAAAGAAGCCAAAGAAUUUGUUCCAACUUCUUUGUGAAUCAUUUGUGAAUGAAUCCAACAUCAGACUCGUUCAGCCAGUUGGGCUGAACAAGCCUACCUAUCGGGAACAGACACGCUUUGCUUCCUGAGACCUCUCUCACUCUGCUGUGGGACCUCCUCGCAGAUAGAAGCGCCGCCUGAUUCCAGUGCAGACACUUUGGCUGAGGACUUGAGAGGUAAGGUUGCAUGAUCCAGAGCUCAGCUCCACACCUGGUCUUCUGUGGGAGAUCCUCACGUGCGUACUUCCCAGGACACUGUACUGGAAAUUAAGUCAGGGACCUGCUGGUGGAAAGAAGACGUGCCAAGGAGAGCAGCAUUUCUCUGUUUUCUGGAUUUUGUCUGAAUGAGGUGGUCUGCAGAUUGGGAGGAGCUCUACUCAUUGGAACCUUUCCCUGCAAGACAGAGCAAUUCACAACCUGCAACAUGCCCUCCAUGUUUGAGAAAACUGCCAGGAAACUGGUCAAAGAGAUUGGAGACAAAGAACUCAGGCCCGUCAAAGACGUCCUGAAUGCCAUCAAAAUACGUCGGUUUUCUCUAAUACGGAGGAAGAAGGCUCGCUCAAUGUUUUGGCAUCUCCCUGAGGUUCCAGUUGACAUCUCCCUCAUGGACAUCCUCGAACCAAAUAGCGUGGUCCCAGAUGCUGCUGUGGAAGUGUCAGCCCUCUUCAGUUAUGGUAUUCAAUGGAAGCAGCACAUGGGUGGGAGUGUGAAUGCUGGGGCAGAAGCAAGUGUCUGGGAGGAGACUACAGGGUGCCAAGGAUCCUCCCUGGAUUAUAAGAUUGUUAGCACCCCCAUAUGAAACCUGGACAGAACUUCAGAAGAGGAAAGUGAUGGACCCAGAGCCCUCAUUUCUGAAGCAAUGCUGGAGAACAGCAACAAAUCUGUAUGUUGUGACUGACGUUGUAGAACUGCGUGACAGUUGUGUGAUGGAGGAUCACAGCACUGGGAAUUUCUUGGGAAAAAUGUCCUUCAUUCUGAAUACUUUUGUCAAGGGUAAAGCAGAGGGCGGGGCUCUGAAAGUGAGCAAGAAGAAGCAUACUGUGCCAAAGGGCUUGGUGAUGGCCUAUAAGAGGAAGCAGCUGGUGUUCAGGAAGAACAGCUGGGACAUUCUUCACUCUGCAGAGGAUGAAGAGGAGAUCUUUCCAGAAAGAAUACAGGAGCCUCCCUUGCUAGAUUUCAAGCGCCUACAACAGGAGGUUUCCCUGGAAGUAAGCAGAGUGGACCAGUUUUCAAAGGACUUCAAGGACGCUGUGUUCUCCAACAUCCUGGACAUGCUGGGGGACCGAGAGCCCCUUCAGGACCUCAUGGACACGUUUGCACAGGAACCCCUGCAGGGUCAUUUGGAUGGCCCUCGUGGCACCAUCCUAAAUGAACUGCAAAAGGACUCCACCUAUGCAUAUAAUGGCUCACAGCACCUCAUCCUUUACCUGCUUGAAGCCAUCAUGGCGCUGAGUGACAUCCAGCACUGUCUGCUGGCCCAAUCCAUGGACAAGAAGAUCCUCUCCCAGCAGCGGGAUCUGGUGAGGAGCAUCCUGGAGCCCAACUUCAAAUACCCUUGGAGCAUCCCCUUCACCCUCAAACCCGAGCUCCUCGCCCCCCUGCAGGGGGAGGGUUUGGCCAUAACCUAUGGUCUGCUGGAAGAAUGUGGCCUGAAGAUGGAGCUGCAGAGCCCCAGGUCAACCUGGGACCUGGGAGCCAAGCAGCCCCUGUCUGCCCUGUAUGGGGCCCUGUGUGUGCUGCAGCGGCUGGCUGAGGCCUGAGCCCCCUGGUGGGCAGGCCAGGGGCCAGUCCACUGGGUCAGCCCAUGGAGGCUGCCAUUGGCCCUGGUGCUGUCUUCUGCUGCAGACGCCACCAGGCCGUUCUCUGCAUGUGUGGUUGUGCGGGGAGUUUCAGGCUCCACACAUAAAUGCUGUCCAGCUUGGUGUC